AUGGGGCUUUCUGAAAACGUGCAAGUAGAAGGAGCCUUUGAAUCAGAUAACAGAAAAUGGGUAAUUGCUGGAAUUGCUUUACGUGCACCCUUGAAGCCAAUAUACACUGCACAUGUGGAGAAGGAAAUCAGAGAAGACUCUGAACCAGAGGAGUGUUUAACAACGCCAACAGGUGAGGAAUCAAGGAUACCAACUGUGUUCACGUGUCCACCUGCUCCAAGGAAGCGAAAGCCUUCUUUGCAGUGCAAUUAUCGUGGUGUGGUGAGAAAGUUCUUCACGCCACAGGAGUUAGAAACUGUGUUCAUUCAAAGGGCUAAUUGA